UAUAAGUUUGGUAAUUUAAAUGAAAAAUUUGCCAAACAGGUUGUUCGAAGUGCCUGUUAAGUAACACUGCCCUGUCUGGUAAAACAAUGAGCCGCAGGGUACUUGAAUAGCUUGUGAUGGAAUGGUGAGGUUUCCAUGCCUACUGUCUGACAUCUCUUUUUCUGUUGAGAAAAUAUCAAAUCCCUGAUUUCAUGUUUUCAGCUCAAAACUCCCAGAAUGAUGUGGUGAGUGACCAUUUUGCAUGAGUGCUGUAUCCAUGAUGUCUAACUUGACAUGUCCUGCCCCACAGACCUGAGGACUCAGUUCUGGAGGAGAAUAGCUUCUCGCAGAGGGUCCAGUGGAGCUCGAAAGGUUGGCUCGCCGGAGGCGGCCGGCUCCUCGGGCACCUCUCAGACCAUGAAGAAGACCAUCGGUCACCGGGGGGUUGACCCCACCGGAGAGACCACCUACAAGAAGACAACUUCUUCUGCCCUGAAAGGUGCCAUCCAGCUUGGCAUCACUCACACGGUGGGGUCUCUGAGCCAGAAGGCCGAGCGGGACGUUCUCAUGCAGGACUUUGUGGUGGUGGAGAGCAUAUUCUUCCCAAGUGAGGGCAGUAACCUGACGCCAGCGCACCACUACAGCGAUUUCAGGUUCAAGACCUACGCCCCCAUCGCUUUCCGCUAUUUCCGAGAACUCUUUGGAAUCCGGCCAGAUGACUACCUGUAUUCCCUGUGUAAUGAGUCCUUAAUUGAGCUGUCGAACUCUGGUGCGAGUGGCUCCAUCUUCUACGUCUCCAGCGAUGAUGAGUUUAUCAUCAAGACAGUGCAGCACAAGGAGGCCGAGUUCCUGCAGAAACUGCUGCCUGGAUACUUCAUGAACCUGAACCAAAACAAGCGCACACUCCUUCCCAAAUUUUACGGGCUGUACUGCGUGCAAGCCGGAGGCAAGAACAUCCGCAUCGUGGUUAUGAACAACCUGCUGCCCAGCGCGGUGCCGAUGCACCUGAAGUACGACCUGAAGGGCUCCACCUACAAGCGGCGCGCGUCGCCCAAGGAGCGCGAGAAGAAAAUCCCCACCUUCAAGGACCUGGACUUCAUCCAGGACCUGCCCGAGGGCCUGCUGCUGGAGCCCGAGAACUACAACGCCCUGAGCAAGACCAUCCAGAGGGACUGCCUGCUGCUGCAGAGCUUCAAGAUCAUGGACUACAGCUUGCUGAUGGGAAUCCACAACCUGGACCAGGCGUGCCGCGAGCGUGCCAACGAGGGCGUGGGCACCGAGGCGGCCAUGACGCCCGACCAGAGGAGGCCUCAGGCCCAGAAAGCCCUGUACAGCACCGCCAUGGAGUCCAUCCAGGGGGAGGCGCGGGGCAAGGGAGCGCUGGACUCCGAGCAGGACCAGGACCACUUGGGCGGGAUUCCAGCACGCAAUGGCAAGGGCGAUAGAAUGCUGGUGUACAUCGGCAUCAUCGACAUCCUGCAGUCAUACAGGUUCGUAAAGAAGUUGGAGCACUCGUGGAAGGCCCUGGUUCACGAUGGGGACACGGUGUCAGUGCACAGGCCCGGAUUCUAUGCAGACCGCUUCCAGCAGUUCAUGUGCAGCACGGUCUUUAAGAAGAUCCCACUGAAGUCCUCCCCCUCUAAGAAGAGCCGGGGCGGGGGUCAGGGCGGCCCUCGGAGGACCGGCACGGCCGCGGGGCCGCAGCCCCAAGCUGCCGGGAUGCUGGCGGAGCCCCGGCUGGUCUACCACUCCCACUUCACCCAGGCCGAGGCGGAGGGGGAGAGCGGUAUGCAGUCGGGCCGUCCAGAUCUUCUUCCAAGGACUCCUCCCCUGGAAGGUGUCACCAGCGACUCUGUGGAAACCACACUCUCCACCUCCUCCCUGGGAAGCACAGGCCCCGCCUCCACCUCUCCCCCCCUCAGGGCAGUAGGAGUGGAGGUGCACAAGUCAGCCAGCACAGAUCAAGAACACAGCACCCCCCACAGCGUUGAAGCUACCUCUGAAGAGCUCUCAAACAGCGAUGAUGCCGCUUCACUCAAAGGCAAUGUUCCUGAGACCAACAUGUGACCGAGUGCUUCGUUGUUAACCACAAACACAAAGAAAAAGAGAACUGGUCAUGUAAAGGGAGAAAUCCCAGAGAGUGAAGAUUGAAUGGAGGGUGAGAGAACUUGCAGGAAAAAGGCCCCUUCCUCUUUUUCUCAAGGGAGUUUAUUUGGGGAAGCGCUCCUGAAUGGACAGUGGGGGAACAUGGAAGAAUGGAGUGCGUGUGCUUAACAGGAGGAGGUUGGGCUAUCUCCGGGCUAGUCUUGCCCAACACGGGUGUUGCUGCUAGUAAAUCCAACUGCGACUACAUUACAGGUGCUGUGUUACCGAACUGACUUCAGAUGUCCGAUUCCCAGUGUCACAACGGCCCCGUGGCCUCAAACAGGGCCACGCGCUGUUAAGAAAGUGAGUACAAGCUGCCCUGUCCCAGCCACAGGAUGGAUACGGACUCUGUAUGAGAAUUGAGUCUUUGGUUGACAGAUGGGAAGUAGAGGUCAUGGUUCUGGACCUCUCCCAUUGCAGGGUGAAAGAAAGCUGUGUGGCAGGGGGAAUACCCUGGUCCUCAGCAGUGUGCUUUACCGCUGGACUUUCUGUGGAGCGCUUACACUUAAAGGGGAAUCACGUGUGUUCAAAAAAAUAAAGAAAGGUCUUUGAUGGUUUAAAAAAAAAAGACUGAAUUGACUGGCAUAAGAAACAAAUUGGCAAUUAUUUUUAAGAAAGUGAAAUGCAACUACGAAUAAUGUCUUGCUCCCAUGUUUCAAUUAUGUAUAGUUGGUCAUGUCUGUGUAAGGACUGCUGUUGUUCUUUUUUGUAUUUGAUUGUACUGUCCCUGUACUAUUCCUGCUCUAUAAUGUCACACUGGUACAGUGUGGUAGGCUACAAUACUGCCCACUGCUCACGGUGAACUGUGCUUAGGAAAUGGGACAGUUUGGCUGGAAUUAGUCAUUCUCUACUCAGACUUUAUGACAGUAAGAUUUCCUAGAUGUUCUCAUGGCAUCGCCUUCCAUUGAAACAAGGUGUAUUUUUUUUCUGGGAUGUUUAAUUUUACAUUGUCAUUAUGAUUUGUUUUGCAUUGUCUUAUUGCUACUCUUUUUUUUUUUUUUUUUCCUCUCCAAAUAAUGCUUUUUUAAACGGACUGAAUGAAAUGAGGCCAGCGUAGUCUAGUGUGCGAGCGGCGCAGCUCUGCUUUCCUGUUCGUGUCUUUACUCUGCAGUUUGCCUCUUGCCUCACCCCAUGUGGCAGUGGGGGGAACACAGAGGCUGAAAUGAAGCGACAAACCAAAGCGUCA